UUUGAUGGAGUCGCAAUUUUCAUUUGGUGGACUUUACAGGAAUUUCCUAAUCUUACUUUGGAAUCUGCAAGUAUUCUAACUUUAAUUUUGGUGAAAAAUCCAGUCAAUAUUAUGGUCGAAGCAAAUGUGGGAGCUCAACGAGGAAUGUUAACAAACACAUUAGAAUUCGAAGUACUCAUAAGUACUAUAAAAGGAUUUGCCACUCUACAUAUAUUGAAGUACGCAAAUCAGACAUGGGAGGAAAUCCUACUUGACCUUUUUAAGGAUGUUUGUUUUUGUAAUGCUCGAGUUACAUAUACUCCCAACUCAGAAGUAUUAGAAGCUUUAAAUGUACAUGGAGAGUUACCAGUUGUAGAAUUAACACCAAAUAUGAAUUUCAAAAUGAAUUCCGAGCACGUUAUUAUGAAAGAUUUUUCGUUUGGGGAGAUGGGUGUUCUAACUGGGCGACAUUAUAACUCAAGAGUAAUGGUAGAAACUCCGUGUAUGUGCUAUUUCUUACCUUUAGGAUGUUUUCAUACAAUUUUUGAGAACAAUUCGAGUCCCUAUAAUAACAUGGAAGCUGCUAUGUGGAAACAUGCGACAACUAUGAUUGCUUAUCAAUUACUGAUGGAGAGUCGAGCAUUUACGUCAACUAAAGAAGAAAUAUUUGAAUUAGUUGAUAGAGCUUUUAUUCCCAAUUUAAAAGAUUACAAAAUUUUUGUAGUGCAUAGUGAUAUAGAAGAACUUUUGUUAAUUGAAGGGAUAAUAUUAGAUAUCCCACGGAACAAAAUAUAUAUCGCUCCUUGUUGCAUUCCUAGAAAUGUAGAAAAAAUUGCUUUAUCCAAAAGUCAUCUUUUGAGGCAUGUUUCUAAUAUUUUCACCAAAAUGAUGAUUAUACCUGCUAGAGAUAUAAAACAAGCAGAUCUUAUGAAAUCUGAAGAACGGAUUUCAGAAAUUUGGAGUAGAACUUCUGGAAGAUAUUUAUAUCAAAGUUUAACCAAUAUUAUUGAGUCACCACAGGAAGAUAUAGACAUAAAUGAUUUAGAAGUACAAGUAAAAGAAGAUGUUGACGAAUACAAUUUGCCUGGUACCAAACGUACAACUUGGAAACUUAGAAAGAGUAAAUAUUAUAGAGAUAUGAGACUUUCCAAGAUUCAAGAAAAAUAUAAAUAUGAGGAAAAUUAGACAGACAUUUUUUUAUAAAUCUUGAAUAAAAAAACACCACGGGAAUAUAAGCUGUAAUGUAAAAUAUUUUAAUUAAUGAGUGUAAUCAUCA